CUCGAAGGUUCUGGCAAACCGCAUGAAGAAUAUUCUUGAUAAGGUGAUUUCCCCAAUGCAAAGUGCCUUUGUACCUGGCCGGUCCAUCACAGAUAAUAUUAUGUUAGCGUUUGAAUGUUCCAUUCAAUGAAGCAUAGAAAGAAGGGUCAAGUUGGCUACCUAGCAGCGAAGAUUGAUAUGGCUAAGGCCUAUGACCAGGUCGAGUGGCAUUUUUUGGAAGGGGUUAUGCGCAGGAUGAGUUUUGCCGAUGCUUGGGUAAACGUCAUCAUGAAGUGUGUAUGGACGUUGACUUACUCAGUAUUAGUUAAUGGUCAUCAAACUGAGGUAAUAACCCCAACCAGGGGUCUCUGCCAAGGAGAUCCGUUGUCACUGUAUCUUUUCCUUCUCUGUGCAGAAGGAUUGUCAGCCUAUAUGGAACUAGCAGUCAGGGAAAAGAAAAUUCAUGGGAUUCAGCCAGCUCAGGGGGGGGCCCUACUAUCUCCCAUCUGUUUUUUGCGGAUGACAGUAUCUUCUUUUCCCGGGCAAACAACCAAGAAAGUAUGAAGUUGAAGAGCAUCCUGAAAGACUAUGAGAAGGAAUCGGUCCAGUUAGUAAAUUUUCAGAAAUCUGCAGUCUCUUUUAACCAAAAUACUAAGCCGCAUGCGAAGCUAGAGAACAGCGGGAUUCUAGAGAUGACCCUUAUUGAAAAAUAUGAGAAGUACCUUGGGCUGGCGACUAUGGCAGGGCGGUCAAAGAAUGAAUUGUUUACGGGUAUACUGGAUAGGAUCAGGAAGAAGCUGAAAGUCUGGAAAGAAAAGACUUUGUCUGCUGCAGCUAGGGAGGUGCUAAUCAAGUCGGUAGCUCAGGCCCAACUCACUUAUGUCAUGUCAGUGUUUAAAGUUCCGGAUGGAGUCAUCGACGAGGCCCACAACCUUAUUACCAAUUUUUGGUGGGGGCAUCGAGGAACUGAAAGACGGGCUCAUUGGGUGGGAGAGAGGAGCUAACGAUCCCUAAGGAAGAGGGCGGACUGGGCUUCCGGGACCUCAGGGGCUUCAACGAAGCGCUCCUUGCAAAAUAGUUGUAGAAUUUAAUACGUCGCCGAUUCUCUUAUUGCAAGGGUUCUUAAGGAUAAGUAUCAUAAGCGAACAUCUAUCAUGGAUGCUACUGUGGGUUAUAACCCAAUUUUCGUGUGGAGAAGUUUGUUGUCUGCUCAAGGGCUCUUAUGUAGCGGGCUUCGCUGGCGAGUGGGCAACGGCAGAUCAAUCAGGAUAUGGGGUGACAAAUGGGUUCCCUCUACCCCAAGUUGCUUCAUUACCUCACCUCCAGUAGGCUUACCCAUUGACGCCUUGGUGAAUGAGCUUAUUGAUGAAGAAACCGGGUCUUGGGAUCCUAAUAUAUUGGCAUGUUGUUU